CUGAAUUUGAACUAAUUAAUAUUUACAUUACCUCCUGUCAGAAAUGAAGAAAUACAAAGAAAUGAAAGAUGACAAUGAAUGACUUCCCCAAGUGAAGCAGACAGUUGAUCCUCCAAAGCAGCCAAGUCCUACAGAGGAAGACUUGAAUGCAAAGGAAGCAUUACAGUUGGAACAAGGAGAAGAGAAAGGAAGCCCUAGUUGCUCUAUUCACAAUCCUGACAAGCCUCAGAAAAAGUGUAUCAAGCCACACAUAGGGAUGAGAGAAGAAGCUCCAGAAUGGCUGGUGGACAACAAGUUCAUAUCCCGUGGCUAUAGAAUAGGUUUCUAUAGAGUGAGGGAUGUGUUAAAAUCUCUCUUUAUGUGUCACAAUGAGACUACAAAUGUCUGGUCUCAUCUCAUCGGUGUGAUAUUGUUCUACUCCUUGAUCUUCUACAUCGUUUUCUUCGUCGGUGGGAUGGAGUUUACACGUCCGUUGGACAAUCUUAUAAACAAGUUUGACUUCAUAAAUUUCAAAUUUUCAAAAUAUCGAACUGAAAUCACCACAUCUUACAAAGAUUCUCAAAGUAACCAGGGAUUAUUAUCAAAUGCGUCAUCACAAGAAUACAUAAAUGCCUCUGUGGAUCUUUGGCACAAGAGUGUAGAGUUCGAGAACCCAUUCUACUUCAACUUGGAGGUGGAGAAGGCGACUCCCACACCAGUUGAGGGAGAGAAUCAAGCAGCUCCUGUGUUUCAGACUCAAGCAAGUUUGGAAGCUCAGCUAUAUGAUACCUCCUUAGACUACCUCCUGCUGAUCAUACAAAAAUUCUCUACAGAGAAGAUCCCUGAAAAUACACCUAGAGAGAAUCUUUAUGAGGUGUUCAAGAAAAUUCAACCAAUACUUGUCGACAGACUUGACCAAGCGAUAGAGAAGAAUAAAAAUAGUUUUGAGAAGAAGAUUGGCCACUUGGCCAACGUGAAGAGAAGCGUGAAUUAUCACUUCAAUUCUGAAAAUGUCAAGAAAUUGAUCAUUACAGGAGACCUGAAGGACAAUUACAGCAAAGUACAUGAAAUCACCAGAAUUCCUUUGUAUGUUCAUAUGAUAGCCGCUAUAAUAUGUCUUUCUUUCAGCAGCUUCUUCCAUUUAUUUGCUUGCUGAAACCACACAGCGAACAGCUAUCUUUCAAGGCUUGAUUAUGGAGGUAUUUCCUUCCUAAUUGCUGGAUCUUGCAUGCCUCCUUACUUUUACUCGUUCUACUGAGAAGAGACAAGACUUUGGGCUUAUGUCUAUAGUGUAAUGAUAUUUUCCAUAUGCUUUGCUGCGUUUGUAGUAACUCUUCUCCCAAAAUUUGAUAAGCCAAAGUUCAGAAAAUUCAGGGCAAUGCUAUACAUUGCUGCAGGAUUAAGCACAGCGUUGCCUUCAUUCCACUUGUUGUUCGGAAAUUCUCUAUACCUAUACCCAUUCCCACAGUGGCACUGGAUCAUGGGAGGAGCUAUCUAUAUCAGUGGAGCAGUGAUCUACAGUAUCAGAUUCCCAGAGAAGUUCUUCCCUAAGACGUUCGAUUAUUUUGGAUCCUCGCACAACAUAUUCCAUUUCUGUGUUCUUCUAGCAGCAAUUGUGCACUUCUACGGAUCAAUGUCCAACUAUAACGGAAGGAUGGUCCUUGUGUGAUAAUUUUGGAGAAAUUUCAGUCCAGAAAUCGGCCGAAAUAAGUCUUAAGGAGUCAUAUCUUGUUUCAACAAU